GUCUUUGAAAUUUCGAAGCAUUUCUUUUGCCCAAAGCACCUCCUAGUUUCUAUCUGGGCUUCAUACACACCUUCAUGAGAAGCUUUUCCCCCUCCCUUCAGCUGCUUUUUAUAGGAGUUGAUCAGUUUCUGCCUGGGUUAUUGCUGAUUGACACUGGCCCAGGGUUGAUUUCUGCUGUGGAUUUUAUUCAGUGGAAACUCUCAGCAUCAUCACUGUUACACGAUGAACACACACACUGCGAUCCGUUUGGUGUCGUUGUUGUCUAUCUGGAUGUUGGCUGCACAGGGUCAGAUAUUCCAGCCUCUGCUCGCACCUGCUAAUUUCCUAGGCCAAAUCACUAGCAAUACAGUGAUCCUGCAGCAGCCGUACUGUGUUUUUACUCAGACGUGUCCUGGCUGUGAGAUAUGGCUGGUGGCUGCACUUAGCUCAGGAACAGGCAACUUCAAUGCUCUAGUGAACAUCUCAUCUCCCAUCAGCCUCAGUCUGUCACCAUACCCAACAGCUUUUCUCCCAUCAUCAGCACAGUUCUUUCUGACCAGAGUUGGUCCUCUGGCAAACUUCCCCUGUAAUACAGCCCCUACUUUUCCCUACUUCACAGUCGGAGCUGAUGGCAUUUGUACAGGCAUCAACUGUAAUGGAGUAUUACCUGUUGGAUCCAUUGUUAGUUUCAGGUAUCUUCUUAUCGAUCCCAACAACAAUACUCUUGUUAAUAUGACCAACUGGGGUGGCCCCUUUAAUCUAACCACACUACUAAGCUAUCAAACCAUUAAUGACGGUCUCAGUGCCAGAUCUGGAGCCAUGGUGGUCAUCACUACACUCUUGUGUGUGGCGGUGGCUCUGCUCUUGCUGGUUUUCUUCAUCAUGCUGUGUGUAUCCUGCUGUGGCAAGAAAGACGGUAAGACUGUGACAGUCAUGAGCUCCAUCCGCAUGCCCCGUUACGACACCCACAACCUGAAGGAGCGUGUGCACCCCUACGACAAUCAGGCCUACGAGUCAGACGCCAAAAACUACUCCACAUCCCAAACUCUGCCCAAGUCUCCAGUACGAAAGUAGUGAGUUCCACAAAAAUACCAUCAAACUAGUGGAAGCUGAAUUACUGUGCAGUAUUUUCUCUUUUAAGGCAAAAAGGAGAAAAACAUUUAAGAUUAUUUGCUUUGCUAGCCUAUAUGUUACAUUUGCUUUGUGUGUCUCAAACCAGAAUAGUUGCUAAAUGUGUGAUUUUUAGCUAUUUUCUUUGAGGUUUGUGAUCUUAACAGAUAAACGCACUCAUGCAAAUUCACUAGAUGGCGCUGUUUAGUAAGUAAUGAAUACGGGUCAGGCUUUACAAUAAGGUUUCAUUAGUUAACUAACAUGAAUUAAUAAUGAACAGCAUAUAUUAAUCAUAGUUUAACAUUAAGUUAUGCUUUAUUAAAAACUAAAUUCUUGAUUGUUAACAUUAGUUUAUCCACUAUGAAUACCGACAAUACACUUUAGUUUAGGUCACAAUUCAUUCCAUUAACCACUGGCUUAUUUCCUGCCUAUUAUUAAGAUAUUUACAUGUUCAUAAGUGGUUUGAAAGUAUGAUCUUAUUUUGCAUCCCUAAUCCUACCCACAACCUAAACCCAACUUCUAACUUACUAACCAUUAACAAACAGCUAAGUUUAUUAAGCUAGUAGUGUUAGUUAAUGGUUUGUUAACACCGUGAAUUGUGACCUAAAUUGAAGUGUUAAGCAAACAACAAAACAGAAAUGUGCGCACAUCUAAAAAUCUCGAAGGCAGGUGUUAGAUAAAAAAUAAACACAGUAGCAAAAGAAAAUCAGCACACUGCCACUUUAGCUCUCAAAAGUCCUUUAAUAUCACUCACAACGUUUCGACCUAAAUGGUCUUCAUCUGGUAAAAAAAAAACUGAUGUCGAAAUGUUGUGAGUGAUAUUAAAGGACUUUUGGGAGCUAAAGUGGCAGUGUGCCGAUUUUCUUUUGAUCUUUUACUAAAUUAAAAUGUUACAAACAAUUAGUAUUGCUUUAUUUUCAUUAGCCAAUUUUAAUAAAGAUGAAUAAAUACUAUAAUAAAUGUAUUGUUCAUUGUUUUUUGUUCAUCUUCGUAAAUACAUUAACUAAUACUACCUUAUUGUAAAGUGUUAUCGAAAUAUGUGCACUGUAAAACCCAAUAAGUUAAGGUAACUCAAACCAUUUGAGGAAACCCAUUGCAACAAACCAUUUAAGUUCAAAAACGAAUCCUAAUGAGUACUGUGAACUUACUCCAUUUGAGUAAACGAAGCAAUUAGAGCACAGUAAAACCCGAUAAAUGAAGAGAACUCAAACCAACUGAGUACUGUAAAACCCAAUGAGUUAAGGCAACUUAAACCGUUUAAGGAAACCGAUUGUUAAAUGACUAAUCUAUAUGAGUACUGUGAACUUACUCCAUUUAAGUUAAAGUAAUGCGUUCAAAACUCUUUUCAAAUGAGUAGAAUUAACUUUCAGUACAUUUUGAGUUAACUACAGUCAUUUCAUUUGAUAACGUUGACUGUUGGGUUUUACAGUGUGCUGUGUGACAAUCAGACUUAUUUACUAAUGCAGUUUUUUCUAAAAAUACUUAUGUAAAUCAACACCAAAUAAAGAGUUUUGUCCUCUAAAAGUCAUUUUAUAUCUUUUACUAUCUAAAUUAUGGCUGCACAAUAUUGGAAAAAUAUUAAGAUAUUAAAAUUUUCUGCAAUAAAUUAUCACAAGAUAAAACUGUUUCACAAUAUAGUUUUAAUAGUGCUAUUUGACGGUUUUCUGGGGAGCCUAACAGUUUUCAGGUACCGACAUUGAAUAAUCACAAUGGAAUAAAUGCUUUUCUUAGUUUGCUUUGUUUCUAGUCUAAAUAUCUAAACAUUCUUAGAUCAAGUAAAAAUAUUGUUUUGUUUUCAACUUGAGAAGAAAGAAGUCAAAAUAAAAAUUCUUUCCUUAAUACAAGCGAAAUUAUCUCUCAAGUGGGGUAAGUAAAAUAAUCUUGUUUUCACAUUGAAAUGUAGAUAUUUCGACUAGAAAAGUAAGAAAAACAUUUGGACUAGAUAAGUAAGAAAAAAACAAUACUUUUGUUGCAUAAAUCUCUUAUAUUCCGUAUAAAUACAGUAAUAAAAUACAACUCUGUGGCUCCUGUUCAACUAUAAAUCAGACAGAACGUUGCAUGUCCUGUGAUGUGAUGUAUUGCGGGUGUGCACAUUACGAUAUUGAUGCUAAAACGAUAUAUUGUGCAGCCCUAAUCUAAAUAAUCAAAUUGUAUUACAAAAGAACUAAAAUGAUCAAUACAGUACAUAAAAAAACACUAAAUUAUGUAUAUUCACACAAAUGUAUGACAACGAUUAGUUGACAUACUGAUCUACGCUGUAAAAAGCAACGUAGUUACUUAAUCGGAGUAAACCUGUUGUAGCUUGGACUGUUAAGUUGACUUAAUUUUUCUAAUUAUGCAGUUUAUUUACUUUAUCAUUAUUUAAAGUCACUUAAUCACUUUAAAAGCAAUGAGUUUACUCACUUUUUUAAAGUACAGCCAAAUAAUAUUUUUAUAGUAUACUAGUAGUAUUAAAAAUACAUUUUUGACAGCACCAAUAUGUUUUGUUGUAUACUGUAUGUGUUGUUUACAAAGUUUAACCAGCUUAAUGUAUGUCUAUUGCAGAUGAUGUUUAGAAUGAUGACAUAACUGCAUGUUUAAUUAUAAAAACAAGGAAACUGUAGUUGCUGUCCAAAAUAUUUAUAAAAUAUUUUCAAAUGACCUUUAAAGUCACUCUCUAACUGAUAUAAUUAUACAAAAUGCUAAAAUAAAAGCUAACAGGAUGAUGCUCUUAUAAUGAAAAUAAUAAAUACACAGCAAACACAAGUAGAGUCAUUUGUCUGAAUUACUAUUUGUAUCGAUUGUACUCAGUAUUGAAUGUAAUAAAACUGAAUUUGUAAUCAACA